CGCUGGGCCCCGGGGGCACACCAGAGAGCGCAGCGCUGUGGCCGGGCGGGGACGCCGGGGCGACCUCCCGCGCUCCGGGGACGGAAAGGCAGGUUUACGGCCUCAGGAGGGGACGGCGGAGUUGCGGAGAACCGGCCGCACCGCCGGCUGCUCCCCGCUCCGGGAGGGCUGUGAGCCACCACGGGGCUCCCGCGGCCGGGGAGCGGGCUGGCCAGGGGCGCGCGGCAGCCCUCCCGGUGACGUGCGACGCGACACGGAGGGAAACGUGAGGCUUUAUUAAAAGGCGGUGAGAUCAAGCCCGCCGGAGGCAGGUGGGGAAGAUGCAGGGUAACAAGAGCUUCAACAUGGAGAAGCAGAACCACACUCCGCGGAAACAGCACCAGCACCAGCAGCAUCCGCCGCCGUCCAUCCCCGCCAACGGGCAGCAGGCCAACAGCCAGAGUGAGUCCCGGGCCCGCCGCGGGGGACCGCCCGGCCCCGCUUUGGAGCAGCUGUGUACCUUAUUCCCCUCAGAUGAAGGCCUGACUAUUGACCUGAAGAAUUUCCGGAAACCUGGUGAAAAGACCUUCACCCAAAGAAGCCGCCUGUUUGUGGGGAAUCUGCCCCCAGACAUUACAGAGGAAGAGAUGAGAAAGUUAUUUGAGAAGUAUGGCAAGGCAGGUGAAGUCUUCAUACACAAGGACAAAGGCUUUGGCUUUAUCAGGCUGGAAACUCGCACUCUGGCAGAGAUUGCAAAGGUGGAACUAGACAACAUGCCUCUACGUGGGAAGCAGCUAAGAGUGCGUUUUGCAUGCCACAGCGCAUCACUGACAGUCAGGAACCUGCCUCAGUUUGUGUCCAAUGAGCUCCUGGAGGAAGCCUUCUCAGUGUUUGGCCAGGUGGAAAGGGCUGUGGUUAUUGUGGAUGACAGAGGACGAUCCUCUGGGAAAGGCAUUGUGGAGUUCUCAGGGAAGCCUGCUGCUAGGAAAGCCCUGGAUAGAUGUAGUGAUGGGUCUUUCCUGCUAACUACAUUCCCUCGGCCUGUUACGGUGGAGCCCAUGGAUCAGUAUGAUGAUGAAGAGGGACUACCAGAGAAACUAGUCAUCAAAAAUCAGCAAUAUCACAAGGAGCGUGAGCAGCCUCCUCGAUUUGCACAGCCUGGCAGCUUUGAGUAUGAAUAUGCCAUGCGUUGGAAGGCUCUAAUAGAAAUGGAGAAGCAGCAGCAAGAACAAGUAGACCGCAACAUCAAGGAAGCUCGAGAGAAGCUGGAAAUGGAAAUGGAAGCAGCUCGCCAUGAGCACCAAGUUAUGCUCAUGCGGCAAGAUUUAAUGAGACGCCAGGAAGAGCUGAGGAGAAUGGAGGAAUUGCAUAACCAAGAAGUACAAAAACGUAAACAGUUGGAACUCAGGCAAGAGGAAGAACGCAGGCGCCGUGAGGAGGAAAUGAGAAGGCAGCAAGAAGAGAUGAUGAGACGCCAGCAGGAAGGCUUUAAAGGAAAUUUUGCUGAUGCGAGGGAGCCACCAGACAUGCGAAUGGGACAGAUGGGCAUGGGAGGUACCAUUGGCAUGAACAAUAGAGGAGCUAUGGGUGGUACCAAUGUCCCAGCUGCUGCACCUCCUGCAACUGGUCCUGGAGCUAUGAUACCUGAUGGAGCCAUGGGAAUGACUCCACCACCGCCUGCAGAUCGCUUUGGCCAGGGUGGUGCAAUGGAAGGCCUCGGAGCGAUGGGAGGGAACCCACCUGCCUUCAACAGAGGAAAUCCAGGGGGUGACUUUGGCCCUAACAAGCGUCGCAGAUACUAACAGGAUUAAGCUACCCCCUGCACAUGCCCCAAAGAGGAAAGGAAUCUUGGCAGGCCAUACAGGGUUCAACUUGGGGGGGGGGGGGGGGGGGGGGGGGGGGAGGAAGGAAUAUUAAAAAUAGUUAACUAGGGCCUGUUUUGGUAAAGCCACUCUAGGACAAGGGGAGUGCAGUCUGACUGGUAAAGGUUUUAGAAAAUUUCAUGUGGUGCAUUCCUAUAAUUUCAAUGUGAAAAAUGGAUUCUGGGAGGCUGCCGUGGUUGUUCAGUAACGGUAAAAUCUGGCAAGGACCCUAAUGCCUUCACCAUUCCAGGUUUCUUAUUUGCAGCCGGAGUCCUGAGACUAAACUAGAUAAAAUUGCAGUAUGUCUUGGCAUUUUUGUAGUGUAGUGUACCUUGCUUAAGAGCACAGGGAAGUCUCUGGAGAACUAGGGCAGCAUCUGGGUACUUUGCAGCUCCCAUGAUUCUGUAAAUUUAUAUAGUUCCAAAUGAUCCGUCAUGUAGUGAAUUGGGGGAGAUUUUAUGUUCAUUUAUUUCUUUUUUUUUCUUUUUUUUUUUUUCCUCCUAACUUGUAGUUAUUCUUUUUAUCUGGACCAUCUGUUUCUUUAAAGUAGUUGACUGUCAUGUGCAGCCUGAAUGGCUGGGAGGCUCUUGUUUGGAUGGAUUUUUUGAUAACGUGUUGUAUUGCUGUUUAUUUUUACUGGUAGUAAAGUACAAUCUAUUGGACAAAGAUACUGUAUCUCAUGCUGAAGAUCUAACUGAAACAAAUGUUUGUAUAAUCUUAACCUUGCCUGUCUUUUGUGUAGAAGUACUACAAGAUUUUUCAUUUAGUGUAAACUGUUUGAACACAAGCUGUAAUUGUCCCACUAACAAGUUUGAGUUUGUCUGAAGAAUGUUACAGGAAUGCAUUAUUAAAGUGGAUUUUAAGCCUUUUU